AUGGAAAAACGCGACCCGAGCCCAGACUCUGUGGCCGCGCAGCAGGAGAUCGAGUGGGUAUAUCUUGAAUUCGAGACGCCGCUGCCUACGCCAUGUAUUACUUUGCCGCCCCAGCCUGGUCAGUCUGCCCCGCCGGAAGCGCCCAGCUUGGAGAAAUAUACAUCGCCGUUCCUGUGGCCGGAAUGGCGCAAGUCCAUGAUGACUUGGAUUUCGUGCGCCGUCACGGCUCUGGCGGGUUAUUCGGCGGGUGAGAUCAGUCCGGCGUCGGACGAACUGACCAAGGAGUGGGGGAUCACAGCUGUCGUGUAUAAUCUCGGCAUCACUAUCUUCUGCAUCGGGUUUGCUCUGGCACCUAUGAUUUUGGCACCUUUCUCGGAGAUUAAUGGCCGCCGGCCGAUUUUUGUGGCGAGCGGUAUUCUAUUCGUCGCAUCCCUGGUGGCUUGUGGAGGAACUCACCUUUUCGCUGGAUUACUCGUUGCGCGCUUUCUCCAGGGCGUGGGUGGAUCUACUUUCUCCACAAUGGUCGGUGGUGUGAUUAGUGACAUCUACCAUACCCAGGACCGAAACACCCCCAUGGCACUGUUCGCGGGGGCUGCACUCUUCGGAACAGGUCUUGCUCCAUUGUUGUCUGGAGUGAUUGUCUCGCACACCAGCUGGCGCUGGGUUUAUUACUCCCACGCCAUCGUCUCCGCUGUUUUUGUGGUUAUCAUCUUCCUGUUCUUCAAGGAAACACGUGGUAGUGUCCUCCUCAGCCGCAAGGCAAAAACCUUGAAUCGUUAUUACGAGAACCUCGAGGCUUCGGGUCACUACGGUGUCAUCAUGGCAAACGAGGAACCGAAAGGGGAGAAGACCAAACGCAUUCGGUGGAAGGUGAAGGCUGACGAGCAGCGGGAGUCCCUGGUGAAAAUGAUUCAGAUCUCGCUGUGGCGCCCUUUUCAUAUGCUCGUCACCGAGCCAGUGGUCUUCUUCUUCUCCCUUUGGGUAUCUUUCAGCUGGGCAGUUCUCUACCUCCAAUUCGCCUCUGUUCCUCUCGUGUUCAAAACAAAUCACGGGUUUAAUAUCGAGCAGACAGGAGCCGUGUUCACAGCAAUGUGCGUCGGCGUUGUCUUCAUCACUCUCAUCAGCAUCUGGCAGGAGAAAAUCGCCAUGCGAUUCGGCCGCCUCUCCAAAUCCGCCGAGGGUCGCCUGUACUUCGUCUGCGUGGAAUCCAUCCUGCUCCCCAUCGGCCUAUUCUGGUUCGGCUGGACUUCGUUCCCGUCUGUGCCGUGGAUUGUGCCCGCUAUCGCGGUGGGCUGUGCCACUAUGGGCAUCUUUUCGAUCUAUCUGGCUACCUUCAAUUACUUGGCUGAUACCUAUCACCGAUACGCAAGUUCGGCGAUUGCGGCGCAGUCUUGCUGCCGGAAUUUGCUGGGUGGCAUCUUCCCUCUGGUGACGAAUGCCAUGUUCAAUAAUCUUGGCUACCCCGAGGCAUCUAGUCUUCUCGGUGGUAUUGGCUUUGUUCUGACUCUGGUCCCUUGGGUACUUGUGUUCUACGGUCCCCAAAUUCGGGCAAAGAGCAAACUGGCUAGUGAACUUGCACAUUAA